GCAACCUGCCUCUGUCGAUCAAAACUUUCCUCUCGAAAGAUGGCAGGAAAGCGCCUGAUUGGGAGCUGCUUCCUUGCAGGGCUCCUCUUCAGCCGGGGCCUGGCUGUCAGCCUCCCUGUCCUCAAUCUCUAUGCCGUGGUUGGGGAGAUCUUUGUCCACGAGUUUGAAAUAGACGGCUUCAAGGAUGCCUUUCCCUCCUCCAUGGACGGAAACGAGCCGCCUGAGUCCCCUGUCACUUUCCACACCAAUCUUCUGGAUCACCCGGACUUGCCCCGCUGGCUGCGCUACAUUCAACGCACUCCCUACCAGACGGGAUAUCUCUACGGGUCCCCCACAAGCAAAGAACUUGGCAAGCAGACAAUUGAGGUGAAGGCAUAUAACAGGUACACUUACGAGACUGCGAGGCAAACCAUGAUAAUCACCAUUGCCCCAUCUUCAGAUGGAGAAAUGCCAUACCAGGCCGACUUCCUGGUGAAGAACUGGGACGUGGAGGAAGUACUGCCGGCAGAUAUCCAGGAUCUUUUCCAGCAAGCUGUGGACAGCAUGUGGGAACAAGAUGGCCUGACCGUCGUCAAUAUUACCUCAGCGUUGGACCGGGGAGGCCGCGUACCUUUGCCCAUUGAAAACCGGAAGGAAGGGGUGUUCAUCAAGGUGGGCUCCAAGGAGCCGUUCAACCAGUGCUUAACCAAGGUCAAGUCCCCUGCCAACCGCAACCGGUGCGAGCUGCAGCAACAGCCGGCCCUAACCUGUUACGACACCUUCAGCCCUCGGUUCCAGAUCGACUGGUGCAACCUCACCUUGAUAGACCUCACCAAUAUAAACACCACGGAAGCGGUGACCAUCUAUGGAGAUGGAGUGCUAGAGGAAGGCAGCGAAUUCAAUCCUCCGGAUGACUCCCCCGACAGGGAGUUCUUCAGCGAUUUCCUGCUCACUUUCCUCCUCCCUUUCCUCCUGGCGCUCCUCCUCGCUCUCCUCCUGGCCUACAUCAUGUGCUGCCGGCGGGAAGGCGUGCAGAAAAGGGACCAGAAGACCUCAGACAUCCAAAUGGUGCAUCACCACACGAUCCACGACAACACCGAGGAGCUGAGGGAGAUGGCCGGCACCCGAGACGUUCCCCGGCCCCUCUCCACCAUGCCCAUGUUCAACGUCCGCACGGGCGAGAGGACCAAUCCCAUGAGAAGCACCCGCUUUGACACUGCCCAGGUGCCUCUCAUCCUGGCUCAGCAGUGAACGUUUCUCAGGUGACAGGUCAAAUCCGGCAAGGCUGUGGAGAAUGUCCCCACCAAAGACUUCUCUCAAUUUUGAGGCAACUUCUCUCGCAACUCGGGAGAGUGGAUUUUGCUUUCCUGCUUGUUUCCACUUUGAUAAUCAGGGCUGUCUUAAGCUUAUCUGGUGCCAUGGUGCAAGGA